UCCCUUGUUGGAAUUCCAAGAUGGCUUCCUAGCACCGCGUAAACAAAAACGAAUACUGUAAACUCGGAAUGUGUUUUCAAAGAUGAUAGUACCAUGAAUAAGAACUUGAAAGCACGGGUUGCUGGAUCUUUGACAAAUACAAUCGGGCGACAGGUCGGGGUUCUGCCUGUUGAUCCAAGACCACGUGCGACAAGGAAAGCUCCAUCGAGUGGUGGAGGAGUUGUCAGGAGAGCAGGAUCAGGAACAUCAGUUGCAAGCAGACAGCCACUGUCACGCACUUCAUCCCUGACCUCCACUAACCUUGAUUUUUCUGAUGCUGAGGAUGGAGAUCCCAAGUUAUCAAGUAAUACUAAUUCAAGACAGGGAUCUUCAAGAUCUAUGUCUUCCCGUCUUGGGUCAUCAAGAAGUAGGUCUUCAUGUAUUGGGUCAUCACGGAGGGGCUCUUCUCGCACGAGGUCACACGCAUCUGAAGAAGAGGAAAAAGAUGAUCGCCCCAAAAAGACAGUAGAACCUGAAGAAAUUUUGGAGCAGUGCCAGGAGCGAGACUACAACCGAGUGUAUGAGAUCAAUUUGCAUGGGGAGGGCUUGACCCAUGUUGCUGACCUGGAGAAGUUUAGGAAAGUACGAGUUCUGGAUUUGUCCUGCAAUCACAUCAGAAGAAUAGAUAAUCUGGAGUUCAAUCAAGAUUUACGCGAGUUGAAACUUUAUGGGAACCAGAUUUCAGUUAUAGAGAAUCUCGACAAUCUCAAGGAGCUGUGUAGUCUGCAGCUGCAGCACAACAAGAUCAGAUCCAUCGGUCGAGGUUUGAGCUGCCUGAAGAAGCUACGGACAUUGAGACUGGACAGCAACAACCUGCUACGCCUCGAGACAAGUGACCUCGUCGCUUGCGUCCAGAUCACUGUGCUUGACCUCAGCUCCAAUAUGCUGGACAACCUGUCAGCCUUGAACUACCUGCCAAACCUGGAGGAGCUCACAGCCUCCAACAACCGGCUCCGGAAGGUGACAGAGAUCCAGAGAUGUAAGAAGCUUCAGGAGGUUGAUCUCUCGGGAAACAGGAUCUCUGAUCUCAGUGGUCUUGCCGGUCUCCCUCACUUACAGAUCCUAGAUGUUUCCAGUAACCAGUUGUCCAGUCUGCGGAGUCUUGGGAAGCUCAGAUCUCUGGAGGACCUGAAUGUUUCCCACAACAAGCUGAGUGACCUCUCGUAUCUUGGCCAGAUCUUUCCUCGACUUCAGAUUCUGAGUAUCUGUGAUAAUUCCCUCAACACUUGGCAGGAUGUGUGUGACCUGGAAACUAUGAAGGAGCUGGUAGAGAUCUCCCUGAGUGGAAACCCUGUGACGAUGGAAGAUGGAGAAAUGCCUCACUACCACUACACGAUACAGACAGUCCUGCCCCACAUUGAGGUCGUGGAUGGGGCACAUGUGAAGCGCCAGAGUAUGAAGUCUGCUCCGCUGAUGCGACCAAUGUCUGCAUCCAGUAUUGUCAGUGUCCGGCAGAUGGACACACAGCUCAAGGCGUAUGCUGAGGAGCUGAAGUCUCUGGAGAAGAGUAUUGCAGACAAGUUUGAGUCCCUGCGAAGUACGUGUGAGACACUGCCGCUGUCUCUGCCUGAGUCGACGUCCGUCUCGUCUAGUCUCCUGUCCCCCACCAGCAGCCGCCCAGCCAGUAGAAGCCGGGCCAGAUUAAGAGAAGCUAUGGACUUCGCAGCACAAAACUCCUAGGGAAGAUCCUCACGAGACUGGUACUGCCUUUUUCACCUUCUUCACCACUGUGAUGCUGAGUCAUCAUGGUUACAGCCACAGGAAGUGUAGUGUGUUUGCGUGUGUUCAUGAUGUGUGGGACAAGCGAUGGUUUAGUGGGCAGGGACCAUGAAGCACUGGGCCCUGGUUCAAUGAGAAGAGUGUGAGAAGUCUGUACAUGGUGUCUCUGUGGAACCCGUCUCAGAUGAUCUCUGAUGUCUCGGCCUGUAAUUGGUGUCUCCCCCUGCCAGGAUGUAAUUGCAAUAUAUUGUUACGUGUCAAUUUCCCAAAUGAAACAAUAUGUUAACCCAGAAAUCUGUCUGUAAAAGAACUUAGUGUGAAACCAUCAAACAACCGACAAGUGGUAUACAACUAAAAAAUGUAUUACAGAAUUCACCUUAGUUUACAAAUUAAUACAAAUUACUGCACAACAAUUACAAUGGCAGUACACAAUAGAGUGGCAGUACAAUAUUCAAUGGCAAUAUAUAAUAUGUUGAUAGUGGUCAGUGUCAAAUACACACAUACAGUGGUGAUA